AGAGGCCUUAUGAGACGGCUCCAUUUGAAAAGGGACACCCAGGAUGAGACCCACACAGGGAAAUCGACCAAGGGUCACCGCCUCUUCUGACUUCCGAGAUUUCCUCCCGGGAGACGGGCCUGUCGUCAGCACUGUCUGGGGUCUUCUGAGUUCCCGCCCCUGGCUUGGGACCUGCCUGUUUUCUUUGCUGAUGUCCCUGUUGCCCAAGCACACAGAAGCGCUUAGAGCUGGAAUGCUUGGCCUCACCGUGUCACCCAGCACACAGACAUCUUGAGCAGCAAAUCUGGGGGAGGAACGGAAUCGCCCCUCCGCAGCAUGGAGGAGAAACCACAGUCGUCUCCCUGAAGGCCCAGCCUCCUGACCCGGCGCGUGCGCCCUGGCCCGGCACAUGGGGCCAUGGCCCUGCUCCCCCGGCGGCGGCGGCGGGGCCCGCGCCCGGCACGUCAUCAUCAACGUGGGCGGCUGCAGGGUGCGCUUGGCCUGGGCCGCGCUGGCCCGCUGUCCCCUCUCGCGCCUGGCGCGCCUGCGGGCCUGCCGCGGCCACGACGAGCUGCUGCGCGUGUGCGACGACUACGACGUGAGCCGCGACGAGUUCUUCUUCGACCGCAGCCCGUGCGCCUUCCGCGCCAUCGUGGCGCUGCUGCGCGCCGGCAAGCUGCGCCUGCUGCGGGGCCCGUGCGCGCUGGCCUUCCGCGACGAGCUGGCCUACUGGGGCAUCGACGAGGCGCGGCUGGAGCGCUGCUGCCUGCGCCGCCUGCGCCGCCGCGAGGAGGAGGCGGCCGAGGCGCAGGGCGCGGGGCCGGCGGGGCGCGCGGCGCCGGGGAGCCCGGAGUGCGCCCUGGGACCCGGCGGGCGGCUGGCGCGGGGCCGGCGCCGCCUGCGCGAGGUGGUGGACAACCCCCACUCGGGGCCGGCCGGCAAGCUCUUCGCCUGCGUCUCCGUCGCCUUCGUGGCCGUCACAGCCAUCGGCCUCUGCCUGAGCACCAUGCCGGACAUCCGCGCCGAGGAGGAGCGGGGCGAGUGCUCCGCCAAGUGCCGCAACCUCUUCGUGCUGGAGACGGUGUGCGUGGCCUGGUUCUCCUUCGAGUUCCUGCUGCGCUCGCUGCAGGCCGAGAGCAAAUGCGCCUUCCUGCGGACGCCGCUCAACAUCAUCGACAUCCUGGCCAUCCUGCCCUUCUACGUGUCGCUGCUCGUGGGCCUGGCGGCGGGCGGCGCAGCGCGGGCGGGCGCGGGCGCGGGCGCGGGCGGCAACAAGCUGCUGGAGCGCGCGGGGCUGGUGCUGCGGCUGCUGCGCGCGCUGCGCGUGCUCUACGUGAUGCGCCUGGCUCGCCACUCGCUGGGGCUACGCUCGCUCGGCCUGACGGUGCGCCGCUGCGCGCGCGAGUUCGGGCUGCUGCUGCUCUUCCUCUGCGUGGCCAUGGCGCUCUUCGCGCCGCUCGUGCACCUGGCCGAGCGCGAGCUGGGCGCGCGCCGCGACUUCUCCAGCGUGCCGGCCAGCUACUGGUGGGCCGUCAUCUCCAUGACCACCGUGGGCUACGGCGACAUGGUCCCGCGCAGCCUGCCCGGGCAGGUGGUGGCGCUGAGCAGCAUCCUCAGCGGCAUCCUGCUCAUGGCCUUCCCGGUCACCUCCAUCUUUCACACCUUCUCGCGCUCCUACUCCGAGCUCAAGGAGCAGCAGCAGCGCGCCGCCAGCCCCGAGCCGGCCCUGCGCGAGGACAGCACGCGCUCCGCCACCGCCACAGAGGACAGCUCGCAGGAUCCUGACGGCGCCAGCCCGGCCGGGGACUCCGCGGACAGGCCAUGGGCGCGGGCAGGGCCGGCCUGA